AUGUGCAGUACACCGAAAGAGUGCCAUGAUUUUGUGAGAAAAAAAGAGACUUCCUUCGAACUCGAAUUUCAGAUUGUAAAGCAGAAGUUUCGUGACGUCAAAUUGUUAGGAGCUUCAACUGGUACUAAACAAUGUCAUAUUAUCGAACAGCGCAGUUGCCACAACUUAAAGGCCUUUUUAGGUACUCCAAUCAAAUGUGUGAUAUACUUGUGCCUGCUCUUACUAUUUAUAGGCCCCGUGAGCGCGCUUCGAUUCGGAGUCUGUAUUCAACCCAGCGCAGGAAACGCCAUAGAUAUAUUCAAAACCGUCAACGAUUACCAAUCGCGCAUUAAUACAAUGAACAAGCUGAACAAAAAAGAAAGGCAGAUUUUAAUGGAGCAAUUCGAAACUGCCGUUACCACCUACAUAUCCUGCAAUACCUGCCUGCGGUAUCAUUUGAGAGAUCAUCUUGAGGUAGAUACGGAAAACAUCAAACCAUUCGAAAUGAACAACAUCCUGAUCUCAUUAGACAUACAUAUCAAUGAACCCAUUGAUGCUAAACUCCAGCAGCUCAACCUAAAUGUCAUUGAUCGACACGGAAACACAUUAAGACGCAAGAAUAACCUGCAAGAGCAAAACGUACAGAUGGUGGUUGACUUCCCUCUUUAUGAUCACGGGAAUGAUUACACACUAGAAUAUCUGGAUCUUUGUUUUGAGAAUAUCAAAAUUGAUCAAUCAUGGAAAUCGGCCCCCAAAGUCAUUGAAGCUUAUAUCACAGUCAAGUUUGGAGUACCGGAAAUAUUAAAAACAUAUGAAGAGAACUCAAAAGAGCUGCUGACUGUCAAGUCAAAGCUCUUCAAAGUAGAAAACGAAGUGGAUCAGAUACUCACACAAAUCAGACAAAUGCUGUCAGAUGAAAGUAAGUUAAGAAACGUGAAUGAAGCAAUUUUGAGCAACUUCUCAUUGUUUGGUAUUCUCAUAGUAUUCAUUCUCAUACUCUCCGGAGCAAUGCAGCUAUGGUGGCUCAUCAACUGUAUGAAGCAGAAUAAUCUUUUGUGA